AAAUUGAGCACUUAGAACAAACAGAAAACAGAUGGAAACAAGAUGACAAAAACAAGCCUACUUCACGGGUCAGAAAUUGGAAAUAACCAGUAAAAAGAACUAAAAAGGAAUAGUCCUUUUUUCACAUGCCAACACUACUGAACUCAAAUAAUUCAUACCCCAAAUUCAACUGUUCCUGUGAAGUAUGUCCCCACAUCCACUAGCCACUUUAAUAUUUGAAUUUUUCAGCACUAUCAUUUAUAACAAGCUUGAUAUGAUAACCUGCUACGACCGAUUAAAUUGCACUGAUAAUCUGACAAAAAUAUUCUAAAGUGUGUAUAUAUAUAUAUACCUUAGAUUCCUAGCAUUUCUUUCACCCCUUCACAAUCCCUUCGCUUAUAGUUUUAUGCAGCUGAAGGGUGUUGAAAUUGAAUUAAUUUUGUCAUUAUAUGUACCAUAAUGUAUUUACUCUCACAUUUUUCUUUUAGUUUGUGUGUGCAAAUUUUGUUGGUUUUGUUGUGGUGCAUUCACCGUUUAGAGUAUGCAAGCGCAGCAACUCCAAAAGUGAAAGUUGGGAAUAUAUCAAAAGUGGAAGAUGCUUCAUAUUUUCGGAUAUACUACGGACAAACCUUCAAGGUUAUUAAGAACACCCUUGAUGGCAAGAGUUAUCUUCUUAUCCAGAACAACACGAGAAUGGCCAGUAGAACAAAAUAUUGCACCUCAAGAAUAAAGUCUUUCGUUAUCCCACUAGCAAAUUACUCUAUCGAGACUGACUACUUUUUUCCAGUUUCCUUUUUCGAGCUACUAGGCCUAUUGGGAAAUUUGAAAGGCAUAACAUCAACAUAUGUGGCCUCUCAAUGCGUCCUAAAACUAUACCAGGAUGGACAAGUAGAGAGCAUUAACAAGAACGACCCUCAACAACUUGCACAGUAUGCAGCUCACUUCAUUGCCAACACCGAUGAAGCUCAGUCCUGCAACUUCGCCACAUUUGUCCCUAUUGGUGAGGAUGCACCUCUCCAGCGCGCAGAGUGGAUAAAAUACUUAGGAGCUUUCGCAAAUAUGGAGAACAGGGCAAACCAAGUCUAUGAUGCAAUUAAGGAGAACUAUUUGUGCUUGAGCAAAGCUGCAACUAGUAGGAAUUCAUUUAAACCCACAGUCUCUUGGAUGGAGUAUAAAGAUGGAGUGUGGUCAUUUACAAGGGAGCCAUACAAAUUAAAGUUUGUAGAGGAUGCUAGUGGAGUCAAUGUUGAUGAUUCCAUCAACAAGGUCACAUACAAUAUGUCUCUUCCUGAUGAUUUGGAAGAGUUUCAUGCCAUUCUGUGUACUGUGGAUGUAGUGAUUGAUGAAACAUAUACCUCAGAUCCAGAGGCUUAUAAUGUCUCCACAUUUCUUGGAAACAUCAAUUUGGAAGAUCAAUCUUGCUUUGCUUUUCUCUCAAAUCAAAGCAUGUGGAGAUAUGAUAAAAGAGUGCAAAAUUCUACAGUGCUUGACUGGUAUGAUGGAGCUGUCUCUCAACCGCAACUGGUCUUAGCAGAUAUUAUUGAAGCUUUAUAUCCUACAGGAAAUUAUAACACUACAUAUUUCAGAAAUAUCGCGAAGGGAGAAGGGAUCAUAAGCAUUGGUCCUGAAAUGUGUGAAAGAGAUAGCUCCAUCCCAAUGGAACCAACAGUUGUAGCUUGCCAGUAGCUAUAUAUUCUUUGUCAUGAUUUUUCGGUUCUUUUUUUCGCAUUUUGGUCUUUUAAUUCUUCAAAUUUAUGGUACGUUUCAGUACUAGAUAUUCUUCAUCAGCUACAGAAAGGAAAUAUUGAAGCCAUUGCCCAUUAUCA